CCCAAUUUGCAGUCUGCGCUUGCUCAGGCUCACUGCCACUGCACAUGGAGGCUUCCCCCGCCCCCGCCGGCCCACCACCGCCCAACCCAUCGCCACCGCCGCCGCCACAACCACCACCACCGGCAGGACCUGUCCCUUCUACUUCCUUCGCUCCGGCAUCCGCCUCCAGCACCACUAAGCCCACUGAAGCCUCGUUUAGAAUUCUCUGCCCGGCAACUAAGACCGCCAAGGUCCCGCGCGACAUCCCUGGUGCCAAAAUCCGCGUCCUCGACGAACCUGCCUCUGGUUCCUCCUGCGAGGAGCGUGUAAUCCUCGUUUACUCGCACUCAGCACCCAUUGAAGCUAAGGAAGAUACCAACGUCGACUUGAAUUCAAGUUCGAGUCCGAGCUCGAGUGCGAGCACUGGAGUCCAAUGGGGGUUGUCCUCCGCUCAGCAGGCUUUGGUGCGGGUGUUCGAGAGCGUCGUAGCAGUGGCUGAGGACACGGAGAAAGGAACUUCUCUUGGCAGUGAUGAACGUGGAAAUGCCGACCGGACAGUGGUCUGUCGGCUGCUGGCCGGGAGCAGUCAGGUGGGUUCUGCCGCUGGUAGGGAAGGAAGGUUACUGGAGAAGAUUAGGCAGGAGAACCCAGUCUCCAUUGGAUUGGUCCCCAGGGAUCAGCUUCCCCCCUGUGCUUCUCUUGCUGACGAGUUGAUUGAGAUCAGUGGAAACAUCUCAGCUGUGAAGCAGGCACUACUGUCUGCCUCAACUUAUCUUCAUGAGAACCCUGGGACAGAUCCUGUCCAUUCCAGCACUUCUACGUUUUUUGGGGGAAUGCAUAGUUCAGCGGAUACGAUGCCACCACAGGACCAUUCUUUUCCUCAUCGGGGUCAUUCAUCAGGGCGGUAUCAUGCUGAUUAUCACAAGAGGAAUUAUUCUCAUGGUCCAGGGAAAAUGGCUGGAGAAGAGGAGGUCCUAUUCAAGUUGCUUUGUCAGCAAUCUAAAGUCGGUAGUUUGAUAGGAAAAGGUGGUUCAGUUGUACGAGCAAUAGAAAAUGACACUGGCGCUUAUAUCAAAAUCGGCGAUAAUUAUCCGGACUCUGAUGAGCGGAUUGUUACGAUAUCUGCACGAGAGAACCCAGAGCAUAAAGGAUCUCCUGCACAGGAGGCUGUUAUGCGAGUGCAUCAUAGGAUUGCCGAGAUUGGCUUUGAACCUGGCAAUCCUGUUGUUGCUAGGCUUCUUGUACCUUCGCCCCAGAUUCGUUAUUUGCUAGGCAAGGGAGGUUCUAUAAUAAAUGAAAUGAGGAGAGGUACAGGUGCUAAUAUUCGGAUUUCUCCAAAAGACCAGUCUCCAAGAUAUGCCAACAUUGAUGAAGUUGUUCAGGUUAUGGGGAAUGUACAGGUAGUAGAGGAUGCUUUGUUUCAUAUUACCAGCAGAAUUCGUGAGUACAUGUUACCGAAACCUCCCCACUCAGGUUUUGCUGGCCCACCGUACAAGCCUCCUUUCUCUGACAUGCCACCUCCCCAUUUUAGGCCGAGGCAUAACCCUCACUCGCCUGGUCCUUAUCCUCCACCACCGCCAGGUUCAAUCCCUCACGGAGUUGAUGGUCCUAUUCCUCCACGACCUCUUGAUCAUCAACCUCCAUUUCCUCGUCCUCCUGGUGGAAAUUUUGGGAGUGACGGCCCAGGUUAUGGACCUCCUCCAUUUGAUAGACCGCCUUCACCAAGAAUGUGGGGCCCACAGCAGCAGCCUUUUGGUGGUGGUAAUCCUAUGGGUCCAAGAAGUGGACCUCACGGAAGUGGGAAUCAAGGCCCAAUAAUGCAAGGGGCAUCUGUUGAGGUUGUGAUCCCUCAAACUCUGCUAGGCCACGUACACGGAGAAAACGAUUGCAACCUGAUUGACAUCAGGCAGAUAUCUGGUGCAAAGGUGGAUGUUUACGGCCCGAAGCCCGGGGCUACCGAAGGCGUCGUGGUGGUGGGCGGAACUCCAGACCAAGUCCGUGCUGCCCAGAGCCUCAUUCAUGCAUUUAUCCUAUGCGGGCAGGCAUUUUAACUCCGACUAUGUUCCUCCGAGGUAAAGUUUCUGCAGUAGGGCAAGGCUUGUAACUGCACUGUAAAUUGCUCCACUGUAAAUAGUACCUUUUCUUAUCUUGUUUAAUGUUCUUCUGAGUGCUAAUGAUCAGAGACAAAUAUGAAUUGGUUGACAGCUGAAAGUGACAAGAACUUCUCGUGGAACCGAUGAAGCAAAUUUCUGGCCAUGAAUUUAUUAGUUUAUUAAAGAGGUUGACUUGUCACGGGUUUGAUAUUUUCUUAUUUUGAAAGUCAAGAAGGGACCCAGUUGUUGAGUCCGUCGACCAUAUGUGAACAACUGAACGCAACCAAUAAAUGAUGUGACCUGUAA